AUGGCUGCCCGUACCCUUGAGGCGACAUUUGAGCGCAUGACAGUGAAUGAUGAGAAUGACUCCAUCGGUGAAAGCUCCAAGUCGUAUUCCAAGACCAAGGCCGUGGUCUCAGCGACUUCAUCACAAACCUCCCAUGGCAGCAGUCGACCCAACCUCUUCAAGGUUGCCCUCCAGUCUCACAGCGGCAAUGCCAACGCAGCCGUAGUACUACCCUCCCAGGCCGCCCAACGAAAGGCCAACGCUCCCUCAUCACCUCCCCGGAAAGCCCUUCCUUCUUCGUCGCGGACAUCAGAAGAGGCCGAAGAAGAACGAGACUCGCUUGCUUCCCUCCCUGAGCAAGCCUCCAUCCCCAAACAACUCCACCUGGGCAUGUUUGAGAUCGGUCGCCCCCUCGGCAAGGGCAAGUUUGGACGAGUGUAUCUAGCGAGGGAGAGGGCCUCGGGUUUCAUAUGCGCCCUCAAGGUCCUUCACAAGAACGAGCUGGUGCAGCAUAGAGUCGAGAAGCAAGUCCGACGAGAGAUCGAGAUCCAGAGCAACCUGCGACACCCAAACAUCCUUCAGAUGUACAACCAUUUCCAUGACAGUAAACGAGUCAUCCUCAUCCUCGAGUUUGCUGGCAAGGGCGAGCUGUACAAGCACCUUCGACGAGAGAACCGAUUCCCGGAGUGGAAGGCGGCCCAGUACAUUGCUCAGGUCGCUUCGGCUCUACGCUACCUCCACCGCAAGCAUGUCAUCCACCGGGACAUCAAGCCCGAGAAUAUCUUGCUCGGCAUCCAUGGAGAAAUCAAGAUGUCGGAUUUUGGCUGGAGUGUUCAUGCUCCCAACAACCGGAGGAAGACCAUGUGUGGAACUCUCGACUACCUCCCCCCGGAGAUGAUCAAGCCCGGCACAACCGACAACUACUACAAUGAGAAGGUUGACCUGUGGAGCUUGGGUGUUUUGGCGUAUGAGUUCCUCGUCGGCGAAGCGCCUUUCGAGGAUUCGCCCAUAAUGACCCAGCGGAGGAUCGCAAGGGCCGACAUGGCGGUUCCUAAAUGGGUGAGCCCAGAGGCUACGGAUCUCAUCAAGAAGUUGCUUGUGUUGGAUCCCGAGAAGCGAAUCCCUCUGGACGACAUCCAGAUGCACCCCUGGAUCAUCAAGCACUGUGUCAAGGGGGAGCGUGUCUCCAACCGCGAAAAGGCACAGUAA